AUGAAGACUACAAUUAAAUUCAAUUUCAAGCGUUAUUUAGCUAACUCAAAAUCUGCAGGAGAGUACGUUUUGAAACGGCAAGACUUGAUAAAGAGAUUUAUAAUAUCUACUUCUGGUGAUGGACUGAAGAACUUUUCAAAUCAAAAUUUAUCGCAACUAUACGACAACCUAGGUCUUUCUAAGACGAGUCUACUAACCCUUGUGAUACCAUCAAAUUUGACUCCGUAUGAAUAUCAUUCUACCUACAAUGCGGAUACUUCUUACAUUAAUCAGCCCCGAUUAUCAGUCACUAAGUUAUUAACAAAUAGAUGGUGUGAGCUAAAGGAAUACUAUAAUAUUUACUCCAAUUCUCCUCCUCUACAACCUACUAAACAAAUUGAACUUGGCUUAAUUGUUCAUCACCGUUUAGAAAUGGAAGCACAUCGACCCAUUGACACUGACAGAUUGCAAGUGGCCAUAGCUGAGUUAGAGAAGAUCAAACUUGGAGCUGGUAAAAAGAUCGACCCUCUUUUUGAUAUCAAUAUUUUGGAGGGCAGACAUGCAGAGGAACUAAGUGAAAGAGUUAUGAUGCGUAUCUUUUCUUUGUUUAGGAAUUCGGAAUCAAGAGAAGUCCUAGUCCACGGCUUCAUUAACUUGAGAAGUCACGAUUUUGUUCAGAAUUCUGAAAAGCUUUCCAAACCCGGUAAUGUGUUGGUAAGUGGUAUCAUAGAUAAAAUAAGGCUACUUAAUCUUUCCAAUCCUGAUGAUUUCUCCUUAUUUCAGGAAAUAGAAUUUUUUUUUAAGUCUAAAUUUCCAAAGUUGAAUAAUGAAUAUGUCAUUAAUCUCAGCAUUUUUUUUGAUGAGGUUAGGAAAAUUAUUUGCCGUUAUAGUGAUGAUUUUUCAUUGCAGAUUACGGACAUUAAGACGAGAUCAAUAAGUAAAGUUCCGUCUCAAGAGUCUGUAAUAAGCGCAGCCAAGAUGCAAACGUUUUACUAUCGAAAAUUUUUAGGCAUACUAUCAGGGGAAGAUGGUGAAAGCAUAAUGGGAUAUAAAAGCUUAGCAGAAAAUCUUGCCAUCAAAAAUUGUAGAUUGGAUGUUCCAAUUAGCUACAAAACAUUAUUGAUUCUUUUAAGGAAGAAUUUUGAAUUGCUAUAUGAUGAUUUUAAGCGGUUGGCAAAUGGCCACAAUCUAGGAUUAAAAUCCUUUGAUGACUAUGCAAGACUUCAUUAUUCAGCGGAUGCUUAUGAUUUGAGCAAUUUUUUAGAAGAAAAUGACAUAAAUAUACUUAACUGCUACGACGACCAGUUCGACUAUAGUCUUUUAAAAGAUUUGAUAAAGAAAUGGAAGUAUCCCUUAACAUUAAGGUACUUCGCUGCUCGCUCAUCACAAUUCUACAAUCUUAUUGGGCCUCUUGUUGGAAAUAAUACGACAAUUGAAUAUCAUAAUAAUAAUAGUGGCGAAUGUUUUCAUGUUGACCAUUAUCUGUACUCGUAUCAAGACAUCGAAGAAGAAGUCGGAGAAGCGUGUCGCUUCUGGAAUGGUGAGCGAGCACCAAAGCCUAAUACAGAUAUCACAAAGUGUAAAUAUUGCGAUUUUCGAAGCAGAUGUCCCAUUCCUAAUUCAAUUGUUUAUAAACGAGAAGUUGGCUCAAGAGUUCAUGAUUUUGUUAAUUCUGACCAGUAG